UCUUCAACAAAGUUAAAUUAUUGUUGCUGUUURGUAAGACACAGGUUUACAAGAAUUAAGUUCAAGAAGGACGUCAUGAAGAUCGGCAUUUUUGUUGCGAUUUCUUGCAUCCUGCACAUUACUGGUGCGAUGCCAGUAUUCGAUGUCAGUGUUGAAUACUUCUCUGGUAAGACCAAUCCCAAAUGGAAACUUGACCAAAGCAGUCCAAACUACACCGAAAUCAGCAACCUGUAUACAGUCGCUGAGAAAAGCAAACAGCUUUUCACUCUUGAAAACAUGCCUUCUGUUUUGGGAUACAGAGGUUUUGUUCUAAGCGAUGGAAAGGACACCUAUGUGCUAGUUGUUGGCCAGAAGACCGUACAAUUGCAAAAGUUGUUACUAGAAUCAGCCCCGAAAGGUCUCUUGAGCAGCAAGUUGUUGAGUACCUUGACAACAGCCAUCGAAAAAGGGAUUGAGCCCAUUUUGACGCGAAGGGAACGACGUUCAACAAACUAUCCACCAGGGAAUACCUGGAAAGAUGUAAAGGUUUUAAAGUGCAACAAUUGUUAUAACUAUGGAACUGAUAGACUAUCGGCAUUUCACCGUGAUCGCGGACUACCUGGACUUGGCGGUGGACUAGUUUAUACUGACCCUAUCACGCCCGUUAACCUCAGAAAUUCCGCUGUCCUCGAUAGAUUAAUUGUGACACCAGCGGUUGGAGGGAAUAUCCCUGUGAUCCCUCAACACCAACAGGCUGCUAGGCAUCUUGUGGCACUAGUUGUUGCUCAAGAAUCUUUUCCUGGAGCCGAUGACGAUGAUUUUCACUGGUAUCGUCUAGAUAGCAACAACAACGGCCGCUGGUCGCAUAAACCUGGUGCGUCACCAGUAACAAUUCGUGAUGGGAACAACAAUUACAUCCUCGAUCCGCGAAUUGCAGUUAACGACCCACUUGGUCCUAAUUACGUUUUUGACAAUUUCAUGACAGUCCCAAAAAAUGUUGUCACCGUGCAAGGUGAGGUGGAGAAUUCGUGUUAAAUUCACGAAUUUGCUUUUUAAUCGAUGUUGAAAACUGGGUUAUGGCGGCCUUGAAGGAUUUUACGAGCGGCAAGUGCAUGAUUUGAGUCAUUUCAGGAAGUGUUCUUCGUUUCUAGAUAAGAGACGUCCAGAACUUACGUAGGCUAUGAAUGGCAAGCGCUAAUAAUCAUGAUCAUUUUGACUUCGGAUAAAGAUAAUGAUAUAUAAACGUUGAUUGUGUAGCACUAGGAAAUACACGAGCUAGAAAAAAUAGAAACGUAUAGUGCUUGAGAAAGAGGGUAUUUCGGGAGAAGCAAUAUAUUUUCAUGGGUCUUUCGCCCGGAAUAACUUUCUCACUAUAACUUUCUAUUAUUUCUAGUUCAUAAGUUUAAUUAUACAUAAGAUUAAGUGUAGUAUUAACAUAUCCGAUCUAAAAUUUACGGUAAAGUUCGUAAAUGAAGCCACUACAUAAAAAGCUAACAUCAUGUUUUGAGUAGUCUAGGAAAGAGGAUCCAGACUUUAAUAGUAGAAAGUAGAUUUUAGUUUUUGAAAUAGACUAUUAGGGACUGAGAAAUACUUAUCAGGAGGGGGUUGAUAAUCCAGAGCGUUAUGUAUUAACGGGUAGUGAUUAACUUUUUUGAUUUUUUGAUCUUUAGCUUUAAUUUCCCCUGCCCUCUCCCCCGCCCUCUCUCUCUCUCUCUCGAGAUAAAUAUUACGCAAUCCCUUAGGUUACAUUAGGGGAUAUAACAAUUAUGAUUGUGUGUUUUUGGUGUCAAAAUGAUCAAUCCUCAACACUCAUGCGAUUCAAUCUAGAUUGCCAGAUUACCAGGAACUGCUCAGAUGAUUCGCUAUUUGCAUAUUUGUAACUUGCUGAAUACCAAUAAUUCCUGUCAACCCCACUUCCCUUUUGUCAAUGUUGAUUGAAAAAGCAUAUCCAAAAGCCAAUAAAUGCAAAAAUCAAUAAAAGUCUUCAUUGCA